AUGAUUUUCGGAUCAGUGGAAUUAUUUGAAGGCGGGCAACACAGACAGCAUGGCGCCAUGAUGGUUAUGGCGAUGCUCGGUUUCUACUUCGAAGUAUCCCGGGAAGAUCGAGAUACUUAUAUCCGUGUACACAACAGACAUAUAAGACCAGAUAAACUGCAUCAUUUUGAAAAGAUCCGUUCUGACGCUACGCUGCCCUUGCCAUACGACUAUCUUAGUGCGACGCACCCUGCUUGGCAGUUUUGGAGGAGAAUAGGCAAAAGGGGAAUUUCAACUGUUGCUACUUACAAAGACAAGGACCCAAACGGAGAUAUCAUGAAGUCUCUUGGUCAAAAUGAAGAUUUGUUAUCGAAAUACGAUUUAGUUAAGAUCAAUAGUGUAUACGGUGUAGACUGUUUUGUUAACCAACGGCGAAUGAAAAUGUGGAUGAAUCUUUUGCUACAGAAAUAUCGUUUGGCAUUUAUUUUGGCUAUUAUAAGAAAUAAACCCGACGAUAUAAGCGUAGAAGGAUACAUUAGCUCCCUGAGAAGUAAAAUGUGUGAAAAUAUAAAUGACUUUGGUAUAACCGAAGAUGAUUUUAAUUUGAGUGAUGAAACAAAUUUUAUGGACGGCGACGAAUUAAAUGACAGUGUUACUUUAUUAAAGGAUUUUCAUGAUUUGAGCCAAGAUGACGAACAAAGUAAUAUUCAGGACACACCUAUUGAAAAACUACCACUAACCGAGUCGAACCAAAUUGGUGAAUGUUCGACAGUCUCUAGCCACCUAAGCAACGCUCAUAUUGACUUUAAGGAUAUUCUUAAAUCAAGAGAUGAAGGCAAUUUAUGUAAACAGACAGACGAAUUUCAAUCCACAGUCAAGGAUGUGCGGAUCUAUGACUCUCAAAACACUAAUAUGUCUGUUUCAAAUGAUAACUUCACUCAUAUAAGUCAAAGUCAGGACAAUGUCACCAUAGAUUCUACUUUUGUAAGAAAUAAGCGAAAAUCCAAUACCAAAUCGAUUAAUAAAAACAAACUAUUAAGAAAGGCAAGCGCAGAUAAAACAAAAGCCGAAAAAAAUAUGCAAAACAAUUUUGAGAGUGAAAGCGUAAAAACGCAUAUACAUAAAAAUCUCAAACCGAUUCAGUAUACCGAUAUUACAGAAAUAGCCUCUAAUAUUGUAGGCGAUACAGGUAAAGUAAUAGAGGCUGCAACACAAGAUUUAUCACAAGAAACCCAAUGGUACGAAGAUUUUGAAUCUUUGAUUGAUAAUCUAAAUCCAAAUCAAAACCAAGAUAAUAAUUAUCUUGAAACUCAAAGCGUACAAUUCAUUCAUAAAAAAUCUAAACCUAUACAGUAUACGGAAUAUUCUAUAGAACCAGGAAUAAGUAAUGUUACAACUUUGAAUGACAUUAACCGAGAUAAUCAAAUUAUCAGCGAUGACACUUAUUUUAGUCCUAAUUCUAAUAGUACUGCAAUGGAAGUACAACAAGCAAUAAGUAAUAGAAUCGAUUCUAAUGCAAUUGUUUUUAGGCCAGACAAUGUUUCAGCUGAUACCAAAUCUAUGGAAUCUCAAUCAAAUUACUUACCAUAUGAUGCACCAAAUGAAAAUGUACAGAACACGACACAUGUACAUUCAAAUAAACGUACCGUAGACGUGUUGUCUAGUAGACAGGACAUUUUCAGAGCAAAAAAUGCACCAAAUUCAACACUUUUUACCAAUACGACUGGUUAUGUGCAAAACGAAAAUACUUUAGAUUUUUUCACACAACACAGAGAUGUCAAUAGUGGUAUAGAAAUUGAAAUAAUGAACACAAACGGUGAAGAUUCUUUGAAUGUUUUAAAUGACUUCCCUAUGGGGAUAUCAAAAAAUACCUUAACAGAUACGAACAUUUCAAAUGUACGUGACUGUGAUAAAACCGCAAUUAACAAUUCAUUAGGAGUAAACGAAAUAAUAAAAACAAAUGAUUUUAAACGUCUCAAAGAAGACUAUUCACUUACAGCAGCGCAUGAAAUUAAUAAAUUCAAUGUAAAUAACGAAACAGAUCAUACUAAUGACAGUAUAUUAAUUCACAGAAAUGAUGAUAGAAAUUUCUUACUCGACAAAGUUCCAAUGAAUACUCAGCGUAGAAUAAAUGAACUGAAUUCAUUUAACGAAAUAGAACUAACUAAUGAGAGCAUUGCGUUGAAUGAAAAGAAUAAUGAUACUGAGAAUUCACUUAACAAAUUUGGCUUUGAAAAUAUUCAUAGCGACGAAGAAAAUGCAUUGACGGAAUCCCAAGCUGAAAUUGUGCCUUUCAAAGUAAUGGAAGAGUUGAGUAAAGUAAAACAUUAUUUGAAUAAGCUUGAUGUAACUGACUCUGGUUUUAGAAGCAUUCGGUCUAAUAGUGCUUCCCAAUAUGGAUUUUGGCUGAAUCAAUCGUCGCAUUGUCUGUUUGCUUAUUUGUCCCAAACUCCACUGUUGGUUUCAACGAUGGAUAUAAACUAUGAUAUAGCAAAGUUUCUCAAAAACGACGAAAAUGUAGACCGAAUUCUCCUUUUAAACAAAUCACACAACAUAAUUAAGUUUACUUUGGAGAAAAUAAACAAAAUCCUUGUGAAUUUUCAAGAACACUUAGAGAGGGAUUUGAUAGAAUUGGAAAACGUGGAAAAGGCGGAAAACGUAUCGUACAUUUUCCAUUUACUUGAAACACUACUGAAAAGAUACUCAGCGGAAAAUUUGAGCCAGUCUCUUUCUCAGGAAGGAGUUUUCAAAAAGUCCACUCUUACCGAUAUCUGGCGGAAGAAGUGGAGUCUAUGUAAGGCAGAGAGUGAGAGAGAGAUCGCAAAGAAGAAAGAUAUUUUGGAGGAAUGUAGCGACGUGCUGAAUAGGAUUAUUGUUAAAUCCAUGAACGGGUAUAGCUUAGUCGCAUACGCUGCGCUGGAGUGUUUUAAUGUAUUACAAAAUUAA